UUAUUAAGGGCAAUAGAAAUGAUAUAGUGAUAGCCAAAUAGAAAAAACUCGCCUCUAAAACCCCUUAAUUUUCACUCUCACAGUCUCACUUUCUCCAAAUUUUGAUUUCUCAUAUCUAUUUCCAUCAAAGGUACUGAGAUCUCGUUUUUCUCUCUCUCUCCUCAGAUGAACCCAUGAAUUUGUUCGGUUGGUGCUCGUUUCGUGGAUAAUUAAUCUGCUGUGGAGUUUCACAUUGCAUUUCAGAAUACUGGAGAAGAAAUAAAGCAUAAUAUUUGAUGGGUUAGUACUGUAAGUUGCUAUCGUGCAGAAGUUCAGAAGAUGAAUCUGAACAAUAUCAAGGUUCCCAAGAUGCCUGGCGGAGGUGCUGCAUCUGCUUUAAUUAAAUUGGGAGUCAUUGCUGGGAUUGGCGUGUAUGGAGUUGCCAACAGUCUAUACAAUGUUGAGGGAGGGCACCGAGCUGUUGUUUUCAACCGUAUUGUUGGUAUCAAAGAAAAGGUUUAUCCUGAAGGAACACACUUGAUGAUCCCAUGGUUUGAGAGGCCAAUCAUUUACGAUGUUCGUGCACGACCAAAUCUAGUGGAAAGCACUUCUGGUAGUCGUGACCUUCAGAUGGUAAAAAUUGGUCUUCGGGUUCUCACGCGUCCAAUUCCUGACCAAUUACCCACUAUAUACCGAACUCUUGGCGAAAACUACAAUGAGAGAGUUCUGCCUUCAAUUAUUCAUGAAACUUUGAAAGCUGUUGUUGCACAGUAUAACGCAAGCCAGCUUAUCACUCAGAGAGAGGCUGUCAGUCGGGAAAUAAGGCAAAUACUGACACAGAGAGCUGCCAACUUCAACAUUGCAUUGGAUGAUGUGUCCAUUACAAGCCUGACUUUUGGGAGAGAAUUUACUGCUGCAAUUGAAGCUAAACAGGUAGCUGCUCAAGAGGCAGAGAGAGCUAAGUUUGUGGUGGACAAAGCUGAGCAAGAUAAACGAAGUGCUAUCAUUAGAGCACAGGGUGAGGCCAAGAGUGCUCAGCUCAUUGGUGAAGCCAUUGCCAACAAUCCUGCAUUUAUCACAUUGAGGAGGAUCGAAGCAUCUAGGGAAAUUUCUCAUACUAUCGCAAAUUCAAACAACAAGGUGUUCUUAAAUUCUGAUGAUCUCUUGCUGAACCUUCAAAAUUUAAACUUGGAGCCUGGGAGGAAGCAAUAAUGUAAGAUGGAUGAACUCUUUAUUUAGAUUUUCGACUCUGGUUAAAGGCGCUCUCUGUUUCUUGUACAUGGGAUUCAGAAACUAGUUCCUUAAAAAGGCAAAUCUUUUGGAAAUCUUCUUCAAACUCCGUGCAUGUCUCAAUUUGUUGUCUUUCUGAGUAUUCUAUGAUGUUUUUGUUCGAAAAUAAAUGCUUUAUUGCAGGGUACUGUAUGAAGAUUGGAUUA